AUGGAGAUGGGUGUUAAGAUUAAAGGUGGUAUUAAAAGUCAUUUGUUACCUGUUUUUGACGGACAACUUCAAGAGGAUGAUGUUAUUCUCUCGAAAUUUGGUGUGGGUGAAAACAAAGACCAAUAUAAAGUUGUAGCACAUGAUUAUAAAAUCAACUUUUAUCGAUGUACAACUGUUACAUGUGUGAGAGAUUGGCAAGGUGUUGAGUACGGGUUCAACUUCAUUCCUUAUAAAGAUAUUCUUCAAGGAGAGGCAGCAAAAUCUUCCAGUGUUGAUGUUGGUGGAUCUGUGGUUUGGUGUGGAGAUCUUGAAUUCUUUAGACGACCUCCUAAAGAAACUAAGAGGAUGAAUUUCGAUAUUCAAGACUUUGAGGGUACGAUUUUGCGAUGUACUGUGUGGAAUGAUUAUGCUCUGCAGUUUAACGACCUCAUCUCUAAAACCCCACCUCAUGAGCAUGUGAUGGUUGUUAUACAACAUGGAAAGUACCAAUUUACGGUUCAAAGUGAUAAGUUUGCAACUCUACUGUUUCUGAAUGAAGAAAUUGAUGAAGUUAAUCAGCUAAGGAGGAGUCAUUUGUGGCAUGGUCUUAUACCGAAACAAGGACAGGUGAGUAGUUCUACUUCUCAAACAAUACUUUCGUCUCAGACUGUUUUUCCAUUGCAUAAAGACUUCGUAACAGAUAAUGUCAAGAAACAUGUUGAUGAGAUUAAUGAGAUAGAAAAGGAAAUCUCUUGUGUUGUAGUUGCCACGAUAAAGAUUGUGCAAGAAGAGUAUGGUUAG